UGCGGAUGACUCAGAUCGACCCUGGGUUGUCAAUUUCUAGACCGAACUUAACCAUCUGUGACUCUUCCCUAAAAAUCACUACGAGAUAAAUUAUCAAUUGCUCAACCAAAAACAGAGGGAGGGAAACACCCCAGCUAUGCUUGGAAUCCAACACAAGGGGUAUUGAUAUUGGAUUGAGUUCUUGAAUUGGUUGCGCUUAAGAGAUGGCAUGGUUUAGCGGGAAGGUUUCCUUGGGGAACUUCCCGGAUCUUGCUGGUGCGGUGAAUAAGCUAAGCGAGAGCGUCAAGAAUAUCGAGAAGAAUUUUGAUAGCGCUCUUGGGUUGGAGGAGAAGUCCGAGUCUAGCAGCGAAGGACUAUGGCCUGUUAUGUCCUUUAUGGGAAACAAAAGCGAGGAUACUGAAUCUUCCGCAAAAAUUGGAUCUCCUCAGAAAUCAUCUACAGUUGACGAAAAUGUGGCUCAAGAUUCUGCUACCGAACAACCUACAGUUGAAAAAGAAAAUCAAUUGCUCAUAAAUGAAAAAGAAGAGCAUCCGGAGAUUGCAGAAAAAGUUGAUGCUGUGAUUUUAGACCCAGUCAAACCCGAGUCUGAAUCACAAUCUGUAGAUGUUGAACCUCGUGAACCUGUUCUUCAUGAUGUUACGACAGUGGAUUCAGUUGACACUCUGCAGAAGGAGAUCUUAGAAGUGGGGCCUGCUGAAAAUUCAGAGUCAUUGGAUGUCAAGACAGGGUUUGUCCAAGUUGAUCGGGAUGAGGAUGAUACUGUUGUGCUUGAUGAGUCAUAUACAGUUUUUGAUAGGCAUGAGAGCAAAGAUGAACAUAAGAUGCAAAAAGAGGAGGUUAUAAAAAAAGGUUCUUCUGUUCUGGCUGAAAUCCCAAAUGAUGCCCAAAUUGAGACGUCAAGUGAUACUCAAGCUGGAGUUGCAGUUAGUCAAUCUGGUUCGCCAGUCAGUGCUGAAGAGACACAGAUAGCUCGUGAAAUUUCUUUCCCAACCGCAGUUCCCUCAGAUGAGGUUCCUGAUAUGGUUCCUGAAAGAGUUUCUGAUGAAAAUGAUGUGAAUGUCAAGACAGUUGGCGAGGUCAGGCAAGUCAAUGAUGGUGAGAUUGAUACUAAAGAGCAACGCUUGAGUUCAGCAUCAAAUGUGUCUGACUCCUUAGAUUCAGUGGUUGAAUUAGAAAAGGUGAGGAUGGAGAUGAAAAUGAUGGAAACUGCAUUGCAAGGUGCUGCAAGGCAAGCUCAGGCAAAGGCUGAUGAGAUUGCAAAGUUGAUGAAUGAAAAUGAGCAUCUGAAAGCUGUGAUUGACAAUUUGAAGAGAAAAUCUAAUGAUGCUGAAAUUGAGUCAUUAAGAGAGGAAUACCAUCAAAGGGCUGCAACCCUUGAAAGAAAGGUUUAUGCUCUUACAAAGGAAAGGGAUACACUCCGGAGAGAGCAGAAUAAGAAAAGUGAUGCAGCUGUUCUUUUGAAGGAAAAAGAUGAAAUUAUCAGUCAGGUUAUGGCUGAAGGUGAAGAGCUUUCAAAGAAGCAGGCUGCUCAAGAGUCUACAAUGAGGAAAUUGAGGGCUCAGAUUAGAGAGCUUGAAGAGGAGAAGAAAGGCUUGAUGACCAAACUUCAGGUGGAAGAGAAUAAAGUAGAGAGUAUCAAGAAGGACAAGACAGCUACUGAAAAGUUGCUGCAAGAGACAAUAGAAAAACACCAAGCAGAACUUGCAGGGCAGAAAGAGUAUUAUACAAAUGCUUUGACUGCGGCCAAGGAGGCUGAAGCAUUAGCAGAGGCACGUGCCAAUAGUGAAGCCAGAACUGAAUUGGAGAGUCGUUUGAGAGAGGCUGAGGAGCGUGAGAGUAUGCUAGUUCAGGCACUUGAAGAAUUAAGACAAACUUUGAGUAGAAAGGAGCAGCAGGCUGUUUUUAGAGAAGACAUGCUUCAGAGGGACAUUGAAGACCUUCAAAAACGUUAUCAAGCAAGUGAGCGCCGGUGUGAGGAGUUGGUUACUCAAGUUCCUGAAUCUACAAGACCUCUUCUAAGGCAGAUAGAAGCAAUGCAGGAAACAAUGGCCAGGAGGGCUGAAGCUUGGUCUGCUGUGGAGAGAUCUCUAAAUUCUCGACUCCAGGAGGCAGAAGCCAAAUCUGCAACUGCUGAGGAAAGAGAGCGAUCUGUGGUUGAACGCUUGUCACAAACCUUAUCUCGAAUUGGUGUUCUGGAAGCUCAGAUUUCAUGUCUCAGAGCAGAGCAGAUGCAGUUAAGUAAGUCCCUUGAAAAAGAGAGACAGAGAGCAGCUGAAAAUAGGCAGGAAUACCUUGCAGCCAAGGAGGAAGCUGACACUCAAGAAGGUCGUGUGAACCAACUUGAAGGGGAAAUUAAAGAACUCAGGCAGAAACACAAGCAAGAGUUGCAUGAUGCCCUGAUGCACAGGGAGCUUCUACAGCAGGAAAUUGAAAGGGAAAAAGCAGCUCGGUUGGAUCUGGAAAAGACAGCGAGUAUUCAUUCUACUGCUGCAUCUGAUCAAAGUGCCACAGCAAAGAGCAAUUCUGGUUUUGAGAAUGGAAACUUGAACCGAAAGCUUUUAAGUGCUAGCAGCUUAGGCAGCAUGGAGGAGAGCUACUUUCUGCAAGCAUCUUUGGACACAUUUGACAGUUUCUCUGAGAGAAGAAUUCCCGGAGAGGCAACGAUGAGCCCUUACUACAUGAAGAGUAUGACACCUAGUGCUUUUGAAGCUGCUCUUCGUCAGAAAGAAGGCGAACUUGCAUCUUACAUGUCUCGUUUGACAUCUAUGGAAUCAAUACGAGACUCUCUUGCAGAGGAGUUGGUCAAAAUGACAGCACAGUGUGAGAAGUUGCGGACAGAGUCUGCCUUGUUGCCUGGCAUUCGAGCAGAACUAGAAGCACUAAGGCGGAGGCACUCAGCUGCACUGGAGUUAAUGGGUGAACGUGAUGAGGAGUUGGAGGAACUUCGUGCUGAUAUUGUAGACUUGAAAGAAAUGUAUAGAGAGCAAGUAAACUUGCUUGUGAAUAAGAUCCAAAUAAUGAGUUCAUCUGUGGGCGGUACCUAAUAAGAUGACUUUGACAGAUUUUACCAACUUAUUGGGAAGUCAUGGUAUAGUUUAUUGUACAUUUAGUAGAUCCAAUUGAUCAUUCAAGAGUUUUUCCUCUAUACUCUGUAUGAAUUUAGUUUGUUCAUGUGUUUUGACUGGAGAUAUUCAGAGCGUAUAUUUUUGUCGGGAACAUGAAAUGUAUUGUAAUUUUGCUGAUAUGUUGUACAGAAGAAAUCAAUCUGAACAGGACAUUUGUUUUCCGACA